CACGUAUCCAUAUUUACAGCAUGUCGUCUCUGCAUAGAAGAGCAUCUUCUCAAUCCCAUGUCCAGCUCGAGCCUCGGUCUCCAACCUCAGACCAAGCUAGCCUUGCUACACCAGCCGCCACCCUCGCUGGCCUCCCCACACUCCUAGAGUUCGUUAACAUAGUACCAUCCCCCCUCACAACUCUCCUUGUCGGCCUUGGACCAUCAGCAUCAGGUGCUCGUCGCAUCAUUGAAGUUAUAAGCUGGAAGUCUUCUUGGGAAGAAAGCUGGCUAGCAAUCGCUGCGUGGUGGAGCGUUUGCUUAUUCGCGAACUUUGUGCUCAGAUACCUCUCGCCUGUCGUGAUUCUAGGCAUCAUUACCCUCACCCGAUGGAAGUCUCGUCCAUCUUCGCCUCCUGUCGCACCGCUACUCUCUGAGGCAAACCUUCAGCUGACUAUCUCUGACUUUUCCACCAUAUUUACAUUACUACCUGUUGUACCCAACCUCCCAUCUACUUCCUCUGUCAUUCUGCUACGUGUAUGCGCCUUCUCAUACCCUCCAUACCUCAUCCUCACAUACUUUGUACGACUGAGAAUAAUCCUCGGCGUUGUCGGGACAGUCCUCCUGUCAUGGCGAGCGCCUUGGAUGUGCCUGCUCCGCGCUAACCUCUGGCAAAGCGCUUGGAUUCGCUGGUCCCUGUACCGAGUAUGGUCCUAUAUCUCUGGCCUACCACUUCCUGCCCGCCCCCUCGUACUGGAGAUCGCUUCACAAUCCUCGGGGAGUCCUGUGAACACGGUGCGCUUUCUUUUCACGCUCUACGAAAACCAUCGCUGGUGGAUGGGACUUGACUGGACCGCGGCGCUGCUACCGGGUGAGCGGCCGUCCUGGUGUUCGGCAUCUCAGCAGCCCGUCUCCCCUCCGAGCGCAUUCACGCUACCAAGCCCGACAAUUGUGUACCUCCCGGACGGGAAGGGUGGUCGUGUCAAGCGUGUCGCCAUGUGGGGUUGGGAGGAGAGUGAGUGGAAGGUCGUUGUGCGGAAGGAGGGCGAGGGAUCCACUCGGGUUGAGCGGCCGCUACCGCUGCCGAAGGAAGAAACCAUUGUAACUUCAUCCGGAGGAAGGCUGUUUAAGGCGGCAGGCAAGAUGAUGGAAGCUUCCUCGUCCGUUUCGGCAGCGUCAAGUACAGGGGCAAGCACGGCUCCCGCGAAGGGUAGCCAUGAGCAUAUGGAAGUUGAGAACGGAGAUCAACUAGAUAUGGACAGUGUGGAUACAGAUGGAGAUGGGUGGGUGUAUGGCGAUAAUAAAUGGGAAGGUCGUAGCGGGAAGGGUGGCAUGGGCAAGUAUACAAGAUACAGGCGGUGGACUCGGAUAGCGGUUCUCACGGAGCUUGUAGAGCCUGUCGGCCCUGGUGAGUUGGGCAUUGUCCGGGAGGAUGGUGAUCUGGUCCCCUACAAACCUCCAGCAGCUGCCAUUCCGAAGGAACAUACGGUGUCCACCGAUGAUAAGCCACCAUCGAACUCCCCCGAGCCUGCAUCUCAUGACGAGAGUCGUGGACUCAGACAAAGGCUCAAGGCUGCUGUUUCUGGGGCCCACUGAGGUCCCUCUACUUAUUCCGGACGCCACUGUUUUAUUAUAUCUUAUCCUUGUUCUUCAUGGGAAACGUAUAGCCAGGCUGCCCCUCUCG